AUAAUUUCAACUAACAGAGAGGGAGAUUGAGACCAUGAUUAUGGAAUCAUAUUAGAUCAUCUGCAUAAACAGAGCACUAGGCCUUGCUUUCCACUUUCCUCUCCCUCUGUAUUGCUAUCCCAUUGAUAUGAAACUAGUCUAUAAUUAUUUGUCUGCAAUUAGAGGAAUUGUAUUCUGCACCAUAUGCACCAUGCCAACUAUAGAUGUUUUUUUUGUUGUGGCAGUGCACCGAGAUGAGCGUUUGAUAAAUGAGGCUCACAUGAAUGAGCAUCUAUGAUUAGCAUGCUGUACUGUUACAUGGUGCAUAUGGUAUAGGAUAUAAUUUUUCUUGCAACUAUCUUAUCGGGACAUAUGAAAAAGUGGAAGGCCUUGCAAAAGAUUAAAAUCUUUUUAGCAAGACUUGCAUGUUUUAGAAGGCUCCUGGGUACAAAAUAGCUGGCUCUAAGUGGGUAAAAUCUUAACUCGAUCAAGCCACUAUGAGAGUAACUGAGUCAAGAUUUUGACCUCAACUUAGCUUGAUUGGGUUCAGUUCGGUGAGAACCCAACCCACAUAUACCAUGGCAUGCCUCAUCGUCUCCAUUAGGCCAUAGCACUUGUCAUCUAGUAUACAAAAGCAAGCGUUGAAAUUCUAGCCAUGGUUCCCAUCCUAAGAUCUUGGAUGGGGUCGACUAUAUCUGGAGUGUCACCAUUGUCGAAAGCUUUCCUGUAGCAAACCACCACCUGGUGUCACCAUAGAAGGUGGAUUAGCUCUUGAUGCAUUGGUUAGACUGGUAACACCUCAUUAGAAUAAUAUUUGAACAGAGAACCCCGCAAUGAAAGAAGAAUGAACACAUAUAUUAAACAAAAUCUUCGAUUAAUAUUUUCCAAACGUUUGGCAUCUAGAACUAGAAUUGUAUGCAGGACUACAAACAAGUAAAGCCAACUCCUAAUCUCCGGAACCCAAUCUUUUAAAUAAACAUGGCCCUACUUCUUUGCCACUAAUCCAGUACAACGGUUGGGACUUAAAAGCUCCAAUUAUGGUUGACUUGUGUGCUACGUAUAAAGGAAAAGAACGGUGGCUUCACCUCCUCUAAUAAUUGGAAAAGAACGUAAAGUGCCCGUCACCAUCUGCUGCUCCAUUUCAAGUUGCACCGACCCCUCACUCCCAACUCCCUUAAAACCCCUCCCCUCCUUCCAUUCUCCACAACUCACUCACUCCCUCGUACAUCUAAUCCUCAACGACCAAGAGAUGGAGUUGUUUUCCCUCCAAACUAAGCACUUCACUUUCUUCCUCCUCUACGCCUCCAUCUCUUCUCUCCUAUGCUCGCUCUCAUUUGCCACCAUCCCCUCAGGCACCAUCGAAAGAACCACAAAGCGGCAAAUCCUCGCAUCCAUCCCCCCGCACUCCGCGGAGAAUACGCAUCCCUUCCUCACCUCCCCUUCCGGCAAGUACACCGCCUACCUCCUCCGCCGCGAGACCGCUCCGGCGGCCGGAGGCUUCGGCAACGACUUCUGCUACAUCCAGGUCCAAGACGCCAGCUCAGAAGAGAGCAUGUGGGAGUCGGAGUGCGCGCCGGUGAGCACCGCCAAAGCGUGCUCGCUGGUGUUCUUCGACGAAGGGCUCGAGGUGUUCGACGGGAGCGAGUCGGUGUGGGACGAAGACGGCAAGGGGGAGAGCUUCCCGGAGAGGUUGGACCUGGUGGACGACGGGGACAUGCGGGUUAUAGACAAUGAGGGGGAGCUGUUCUGGAGGGCGUCGGACGACCCACUGGCGAACCAAGGGUGCGGGUUGCCGGGGUCACCGGGGCUGGCGCCGGAGUCCCCGCCAUUCUCUCAACCCAUCGGCACAAACAACAAUCCUCCCUUUGGACAGCAGCAGCAGCAGCAGCCGCCUAAGACUAAUGGAGUGGUUGGCCAGCAGCAGCAGCAGCAGCAACAGCCAGUGGAAGCUCCGCCGCAGAACGAGGAGCAGCAGCCAGGAGGAGUGCCACCGGUGGGAGCCCCGCAGCCUAAUGCGGUGUUUGCCAUGCAGCAGCAGCAGCCACCGGUGGGAGCUUCGCAGCCUAACGGAGUGUUUGAGCAGCAGCAGCCACAGGGAUUCGGUGGGUUGAAUCAGCCACUGGGUUCGAGUUCGGAUGUCCACCCUCUCGUGGAUUAUAAUCGGUACGACAGUGGAUCUUCGAGGGAAGUCGAGAGCUGGGUUAUGGGUCUGGGUCUUGUUAGUUCGUUGGUUUAUGGGACCUUCUUUUGAGGAGAUGAAGGUGGGGAAUCUUGUCUUGUGGUCGUCUUAAUUUGGCCGUCCAUCCGAUCACAUAUUGUUA